AUGCCCGAACCCUCUCGCUGCCUUAUUCGUGGCUCUAUAAACGUUGACGAAUUCUUCCACGUAAAAGACAUCGUACGCCCCGGCGAGACGAUCUCCUCGCACGGCCUCUCCAAACGCGCAGGCGGAAAAGGCGCGAACCAAGCCGUCGCGGUCGCGAAAGCUGGCGCGUCGGCGGAUCUCGUCGGAGCUGUGGGAGAGGACGGAACGUGGGUAAGGGAGUUGUUGAGGGAGAGUGGCGUGAAUGUGGAGAGUGUGGAAGUCACGAAGGAGUCGACUGGGAGAGCGAUCAUUCAGCUUGCGGAUUAUGGCGAGAACAGUAUCAUCCUGUUCAAAGGGGCGAACUUCGCACCCAUCCCAUCCAAACCUCUCCCCGCCUCCACAACCCACAUCCUCCUUCAAAACGAGAUCCCACUCCCCGAAACACUUCGCUACCUCUCCCUCGCUGCCUCCUCUUCCCCUCCCAUCUCAACCAUCUUCAACCCCUCGCCCAUGCCUUCCGCCGACGAACUCCGCGCAUUUCCUUGGGAUGGCUUGACAUGGCUUAUCGUGAAUGAGGGCGAGGCUUCCGAUUUGUAUAGAGUGCUGGCGGACUCGUCUGCGACUUCGGAUGCGUCGGGCUCGGUAUCGGAUGUCGGUGGGAGUGGGUUUGCUAGUAACGGCGGGAAGGCCUACACUGCACUGACAGCAUAUCCUAAAGUCCUCCAACUCGCGUCUCGAAUCCCGAAAACCAAUAUCGUAUGCACGCUCGGCUCUGCUGGCGUCCUCGCUUUAGUCCGCACCGCCUCUUCCCCUCGCUCCAGUCCAGAAAUCAUCUUUCUACCCGCCGCUAAGCUACAAGGCGGCAAACCGGUCGAUACGACGGGUGCGGGCGACUGUUUUACGGGAUAUAUGGUAGCAGGGUUGAUGCAGCUUCGGGAACGGAGCGGGACGGGGGAGUUGACGAAGGAGGGGGUGGAGGGGGUGUUGAAGAGAUGUGUUCAGGCCGCGGGAAUGUGCGUCGAGAAACGCGGUGCGAUGGAGAGUAUCCCAUUGGCGAAGGAGGUCGAUGAGAGGCUUGGGCUCGCACUCGGGUCCUAA